UGCUGGCGAGGGGCACCAAAACCCCCACAGUCGGCGUCGGCUGCACCCAGGGGACGGACGUCGUGGCUCCAGCUGUCCGGAGAAAAUGCCGUCCACCGCUGCUUCCGGAAAGGCCGAGGCCGCCGCGGCCCUCGGCGCGGCCCUCGGCACCACGGCCGAGCUGUCCGACAGGGCCCUGGCCGUGGCCAAGGCGGAGCUCCGGGAGGACCGCAGCACGCGCGAGCAGGCGCUGCAGCAGUUCAGGGACUGGAUCGCCAAGAACCAGGACUUGCAGAACUGCAGGACGGACGCGAGCUUCCUGCUGCGCUUCCUCCGCGUUAAGAAGUUCUCGCUGCCCAUGGCGCAGCAGACCCUGCUCAAGUACCUCAACAUGCGGCAGACCUUCGAGCACCUCAUCUUCGACCUCGACCCCAGCAUCCCCAGCGUGGACGCUCUCAUCACUAGCGGGUACCUGUUCGCCUCGCCCAUCCGCGACGCCAAGGGCCGCCGCGUCAUCAUCGCCCUGGGCGGCAAGAUGGACCCCUCCCGCUUCACCAACGUGGACAUGGCCAAGGUGCACUGCAUCACGUACGAGACCCUGAUGGACGACGAGGAGAACCAGGUGAUGGGCUUCACGCACUUCGCCGACCUGGAGGGACUGUCGCCCUCCUGCGUCACCAUGUGGUCGCCCACCGAGUUCGCCCACUGCCUGCGCUGGGGAGAGGUAGCCGCUCCUGGUCGUCCCCGUCCCCAUGCACUAACCGGCGAUGUCGCUCUGCAGCAAUCCCUGCCCAUGCGCCACAAGGAGGUGCACUUCCUCAACCUGCCCACGCCCCUCAAGUACGUCUACGACUUCGCGCGCAACCGCUUCAGCCAGAAGAUCCGCAGCCGGUUCUUGAUCCACUCGACCAGGGACGCGCUGCACAAGCACCUGGACAAGAAGUGCCUGCCGAGGGAGUACGGCGGAGACAUGCCCAUGGCCCAGAUGAUCGAUCUGUGGAAGGAGGAGAUCGCGUCCAAGCAGAAGCGCAUCAUGAGCCUGGACGACAUGAAGCUGCUCAGCGACCAGGGCAUCGUCACCAGGAAGACCACCAACCCCGCGGGCUCCACCUGCACCGGCGUGUCCACCAUCACCGGCUCCUUCAGGAGGCUCGAGGUCGACUAGGGCACCGGCCUGCCCGGAGCGCCCCGUCGGCCACCUCACCGACUGCAUCACCGUCCACGCCACCAAAGCCGCCACUGGCGACGGCACCCCUCGGCUGGUCCGAGAGGGAGGGAAACAACUGGAAUCUCCCAACGACUGACUUUAAUGGACCAAGUUUGUGAAAACGGUGUAAAGCACGCUGCUGGUUUCAGUAAUCAAUUUUUUAUUUAAUUUACGAAAGCUUAUAUCAAAUGCAAGACAAUGGACUCGAUACAAAAAUAAAGUGAUUUUUGAAAUGGU